GUCCCGCGGGCUGGGCGGGUUUAUCGGCUUCCGGUUGCUAGGGCCCGUGCCCUUGGCCUCAGGCCAGGCCUUGCGGCGGGGGUGGGGGUCGAGGGUAGUUAAUCUAGGUGCUUUCCCGGCGGACUGCUUCUCGCGGGAGACUCGCAACCUGCCUUGACCUUUACCUCGCUGCCUCAAUUCCGAGGAAAAGAUGAAAGAGGAAAAGCCGGUCGUUUUGAGAAGCAGCUGAUUGCCUUGAAGGAUAGUGUAGGGGUCCAGCGCAUCUUCUCCAAUAAUACGGAAGGAAAAUUACCGGCAUCAAGGGGGACGUACUAACAGGGACCAUACCUUGAGCGCUUGUGUGCAAAGUUAUCUUUGCGGGAUAAAACGGCCCAUUUAUGCAGCUCCAGAGCAUUCCCUUCCCAACUGUCAACGGAAUCCUGAUGUGCCAGGCACUUUGAUGUUGCCUUGAGAACUUAGCGCAUGUUUUGAGCUUCUGGCAUUAUUUCUAAAUUGUACCAAUUGGAACAGAGAUCCUGGAAAAUCUGAUUAUAUUGAAGACCAUCUUAGUUUUGGGUUAAAGAGUAUGACCCAACUAGUCGUGGUUGAAACUUAAAACAAGUCCUUUUGCAGAAAGAAAACAAGUUACCUGUGAACUGUAAACAGAUAUGUCGAGUCUUAAGAGGCUAUCAUGGAGGGAUUGCCUUAAUCUUUUAGACCAAAUCUUUUCCCAAAUAUGUAAAGUAAUAACAGUUUGAAGGUAGAGGUGAAAAAAUGAGUGUUAUUUUUACCGUUCGGGAAAAUCAGUAUCUACUAGAUGAUAUAGCAUGAGCAGAUUGAACAUUUUGCUAAUAUGAGAAAUUUUAGAAUGAUCCUGAUUGGUAAUAGUGUAUGUAUUUUAAAAUUGUGUUAGUCAUAAACCUAAAUUUUAUCUAGAUUCUGUCUAGAAGUUUUAAAGAAUUUUUUUUUUCCUUAUCUUUUUCUUCUAUAGGAAUUCUGCUUGGACUCAGCACAGUAUUAGCAAAGAAUGAUUUUCACUAAAAUGUAGAUUCUAAUGAAUUACUUUUCAGCAACAAUUCAAACAUAUUGAAAACCUUUUCAAUUCCCGAUUAACCAAUAGCUGUGAAAAAGUGUUCAUUGUUAGUUAAAAUGCAAAACCACCCACAACUACUUCGAAGACCUUUACCUCCAAAACUCCCUAAGCUGCCUUUACCUAAGAAGAGAGUCUAUGCAGCCAAGACUGGUAAAGCUAAGCCAAAACGUGUGACGUUCACUCCAGAAGAAACCACUUCAACUGAAAGAAAGAAAACUAGUUUUCCUGAUGUUUCAAGAGAUCGAUCACAAACCCCUAUCAGUGUCCAAAAUCUCUCUCUUGAUCAUCAUGUACAAGAAAGAGUGACGACUAUUUCAAUACCAAGAAAACAUUUUAACAGGGUCUAUUGGCACAUUCCAGACACUGCUACUGGUUGCAUAUUUUUUCCAAGCUGUCAUUCAGCCUCAAGUCGAGUUUUUGGGAAAGAAACAAGCCAAACGGAAACUUCAAGAAAAUCAAAACGAGAAGUGUCAAAAAGAAAAAAUAUUUAUGUUGAUAACAUGUUCAAAGACAUUCUGAUUCUCUCCUCAGAGUUCUCCAGACCUGCAAGUGCACCUUCCCCAGUUAUUACUCCCAAACCCAAGGAAGUUCUCUCUGAAUAUCCACCUUUAUCAAAGAAGAAAACCUUUAUUUUUAAGCAGGCUCUGAUAGAUUUAAGUGAAACAGGGCCGAGCCCUCCACCAAGAAGUGUGCCUGUUAAAGCAGAAAGACAGUGGUCUGAACGUUUAAAACAAAAUACUGCGGUGGUACUAACUAUUAGUAAUUUUCCAGGUCCCAUCGCCCUACCAACACCAAUUUUGCCAAGAAAACCUCGAAGACAGUCUUUGUUAGAAACUCAAGUAACAGAAUCCGACAAUGUGGAAAGCACGUCGAGGCAAAGCGUGUCAAACCUGACGGAAGGUAUCGUUAACAUUAAACCUAUAAAAAGAGAGGAAUCACAUGUGAUACGGGGUGAAGGUUUUAAGACUAUUAAUGCAACACGAUAUGAAACAAUAAUAGCCAUGACCAACCUAGCCAUAAUUAACUGUCAAAUACAUGGAAGAAAUGCACUUAAUCUUAAGUUCCGGCGGCUGGGAAGUCUAGCAUUGAGGGGUCAGCUGUCUCGCUUCCUGGUUCGAGGUCUCUUGCUCACAGCAGACUUCUUCCUGUAUCCUCACACGGGUUUUUUUAUUAUGACUUGUCCAGACUUAACACCGUUGGCUUCCCAACUGAUAUAUCUUAACUUAUCCUUUAAUGAUAUCAGUUAUUUUCCCACAGAAAUAUUUUGUCUUAAAAAUUUACAACUACUAUUCCUGAGAAAUAAUCCUAUCAAAGAAAUCCCUUCUGAAAUCCAACAGCUUAAGUUCCUUAGAGUUUUCAGCAUCGCCUUUAAUUUGAUCACUACCCUUCCACCUGGGUUAUUUUCUUUGGCCCAUCUUGAGGAACUUGAUAUCUCCUACAAUAGUGUUGCUUCUAUCCCAAACAAAAUCCAGAAACUCAGAUUACUUGAAAAUCUGAAUGUUAACGGGACUGAUCUGACUACUUUUCCACCUGCGCUUUUGAAGCUUAACUUGAAAAAACUCCAGUUUGAGAACACUUUCACGCAUCCUACUUUUUGGAAAGAGAAUUCUUUAAAUAGCCCCCCGUGUCUGACUCAUCUUACUUCCUUGUUCUUCUUAAAAAGUAAUCUAGACAAAUAUUACGAUGAGAUCCCAGUGGAAAUUCAAGAGCUGCUAAAAUGCCCGUCUACAUGUGAAUGGUGUCACGGUCCCAAGUUUGGUGAAGGUUUUCGAGUCAUCCGAUCCUGUGAUAUUUUUGGAGCAACACAGCUUCCUGUUUUGUACCAUGUCUGUUCUUCCUACUGCUACAGAAAAGUAAAGGAAAGCAGUUUUAUUUUAAAGAAUGAUCCCAGUAAAAGAAGAGCUCUAAAUUCUGAGUUGAUAAGUCAUACAAUGAUUUAGGAGUCCCACUUUAAAAGCCAUUAAAGUUUAUGUAUAAGGUAAUUCCUGUCUUUGAGAGUGCAGGUUCUGUCUUCUGUGACGCCUCUUUGUAACCCCAGCUUCUUAAGGAACUUUGUGAUUGUGAGGGAAUUGUUGCAGAAUAAUUACUUUAGGAAGAUUAGUAAAAGGUCUUUGGAUUUCAGUGAAGAUCUAGAAAAUUACUGCAUGUUGGGCGUAAAAUGAGAACUGACAGAAUCCUUUGCAAAAAAAAACCAAUUUAUCUUACAAAUGCCUUUUUUGGGCAUCCAUUCCAAGUGAUAAGAUAGCAUUUCAAAGUCAACCAGUGGCAUUUGUGCCUCCUAUGGGUUCAAAGCCACGUACCCAAGUUCUCUUUGUGAAUGCUGUUGGUGAAUUUUUGUGGAAAUCUGCCCAGUGCCAACCAUCUCCAUUGUGGAUUGUUUUCGGUAAUAAAAGAUUUGUUCCAGUCCUA